GUUACCCGGUUGGUUGAAAUCAACGCUGCUGCCUCGUUCCGUACGAAUUGUUUCGCCUCGGCUUCUGAUCAUAACCGUCAAAUUAUUGUUGUAAUAAGUGAAAUCGAAGCCUGCAAGUUUGUCGCACUUUUGUGGAAAGUCAGUUAAAAAUUACCCUUCGCUUGUUGUUUCUAUGAAAAGCGAAAGUAUAGUGAACACGGUACAAAGUGAGUGAGAAGCACUGUUUUAAAGCCAACAGAGAAAUUAACUAUUGAUGAGUGAACUAAAUAAUUGAAAAGUGAACCAAAUAAAAUAAAGCAACUAAAACGCGUUACAAUAUUAAUUAGUGCUGUGGACUUUAAUUGAACAUCAGUUGAUUUUGUGACUGGAAAUUACCGCAAGCUGAUUGGAAGUCACCCAUAGAAGAAGAGCAUUGCCAUCCACAAUGUCCGUUGCCAGCGUACAAGCUCCCCACAUGACUGAACUGUGCAGUUCUCUGAGCCGCACCAGUCUGAGCCUAUCGUCUUCCCUGUCAGACCUAGUUGGCAGCCCGUCGCUGGCGAUGGCCAGUUCCGCUGCCAUGGCCGCCGCCGCCCUAGAGGUCAGCUCGGAAGCCGUGCUCACCAUCGAAGAGCUGCGCGCCCAGUUGGGCUCCUGCUUUACCUGUGGCGUCUCUUGGAUCGACGAUCAGGUCUCGCUGGACUGCAGCGAGUGCGGCGGUUACAGUAUGGAACGGCCCUGCAUGCUCUGCGAUGGCAUCUGCGGACAAGCGUGGAAACGCGACUUCACCAUGAGCCGUGCUUGCAGUAAAGCACGCUGGCAGGGAGUUUGCACCAAGUUUACUACUCCCGUGAUCCAACUGCAAUCGGCCCCGCUCAGUAGCUGCACCAGUUUCAGCAGUCACCACCAGCUAAUGCAGACGGCGCAACCGGUGUCCACCUGUCACGGUACCGCGAUGAACCAGCAGUUACUGCAGCAGGAGCUGUGUGCACGCCUGGAAAAACUUUCCGCCAAAGCUCACAACUGAGAAACGGUCGUCUUCCAGCUAUCUGCCGGAAACCGGUCCGGUGCCGGCGUUCGCGUUUAGGCUAGGGUCCUAGCAGUUAAGCAGCGUAUCGAUGUCGCGAGAUAUCCGAAUAGUUACAGGUAACAGGUUUACUCCGAGAGCUUACAGGCCCUACUCAAAUUAAUGUGCUUAGUUAUAUGGACUAUUGAUUUUAAGUUCCUAUUCGUUGAUAAACUGAUACACAAGAUUCAGGCCACAAUCCUCAAACAACAAGACAUACAAAACACAAAAACACAGAACGCGUUCUGAAACCAUUGCAUUUGGAGAACUUUUGCGAAGCGGGUGUACCGCGCAAAGCACCCAGAGCUUCGAAAAGACAGGAUCAACGUAGACUCAUAAUAACAAUAUUUAGAUUAUGUAAACUGUGUCUAUAGAGGUAGAUCUGAAAAAAAAGUAUAGGAUUUCUUAAGACGAAGUGCGAAGAUUUAGCGCACAUAUUUAUAAAAAAAAUCGUGUGAAAAUUGUAUCUAAUAUUUAAAUUCUAAUCCGGAGGCACAAUUCCGAGUAUACCUGGCUAGAAAUUUUGAGGUGGAAACUAUUAAUUUUUUGCAAAGUGACAUGAUGACAUUAAAGCCUAAAAUUAUUUGUAUAUGUUUUUCUGUGAAAAGCAUUUACUUUAGCUUUUAGCUUUUAGAUAUUAUUAUUAUUGCCUUAGAAAAUUUGAAAAAAAAAAAAAGAAAAAAAGAAUUCGGCGCGCUAGCUUGUAAGUUUUUCUUUUCUAUUGCGUUAAUUCUUCGUGGUAUGUAGUAUUUCUUUUCUUAUCAAACUUGUAUUUGUACAUUUUGUUUAUUUAAUAAAACUUGGAGAAUCUUAACAAUCAUC